UGAGAUGACCUCAUGGGCUUGGCCAGUGCUUUUACCAAAUAUGGGCCGAGCGGGGCUCUCAUUCCGACGUGGAGGGGAUGCGCCUCUGAGGCGAGGAGGACGCACGGAGAACUUUCAGCGCAUGGAGGAUCGAGACGAAACAUCUGCGGGACUACAAAUCGAACUGUUGGCUCCAUCGUAGAGUCUGUGGGAACCAUCACCGCUUCAUUUGAAGAACUAUUCUGUGAAAGUCUGCCACAUCUCCUGCCUGCACGGACCCUCCCAUCAUGCCUGUGAUUGUGUUCCCAUCCUCCCGGCUGUUCUGGGUUCGAGUCGCUGCGCUGCUCUUCUCUUGUGUUGCAUUCAGUGUUGCAUCCAAAGGAGUCUUUCUGUCCCGUGGAGGCAUGUUUGACUGGUGCAUGUUCUGCUGGGUGUUCAGCUUCACCUGCACCCUGCUGGUUCUGCUGGUGGAGCUGUGCGGCCUCCAGACUCGGAUCCCGGUGUCCUGGACGAAUUUCCCAAUCACUGUCGCCUGCUAUGCUGCCCUCCUCUGUUUGUCGGCGUCAGUCAUCUUCCCAUGGUUUUACAUCAGGAACCAUACGUACUACGACAACAAGAUCUAUGACUAUCGCAUCACCGCCACAGUCUUCUCCUGUCUGUCAACAGUGGUUUAUUUGGGCGAAGUGAUCCUGUCCAAGGCCAGGCCAGGAGAGGUGGCAGGUUACAUGGCCACAGCUCCGGGGUUGCUGAAGGUGUGCCAGACCUUUGUGGCCUGCGUGAUCUUCAUCCUGGUGAGCAACCCCGUGUCAUACAAGGGAUAUCCUCCUCUACAGUGGUGUAUGGCUGUGUACUGCAUCUGCUUCAUCCUCUCCAUGGCUGUGGUGGUGAUGUGUGUGGGGGAGUGCACCGGCUGCCUUCCCAUCUCUUUUCCCAAAUUCCUGUCAGGAUACGGACUCCUGGCUGUUGCCAUGUAUGUGUCCGCCACCAUCCUCUGGCCCCUGUUUCAGUUUGAUGAUCAGUACUUUGGUAAAGGCAGCGAUGCAACCAACGAGAUCGCCGUGGCUGUGCUUACUGGCCUCAACCUCCUGCUGUACCUGGCUGAUCUGGCAUACUCUGCUAAACUCGUCUUCAUCAGCGUCUGAAGAAGAUCAGCGAAAACAGAAGACUGACUGACCAGACUAAAAGACAGAACUGUAUUUUUCUUCUUUACUUUAUACUUACAAAAGUGGGUAUUGGGAGAAAGUUUCUAUACACGUGCCUUGUGUUCAGACUGAAGAGUGCAGUUUAGAGAUUUAGUUUAAUCUGAAUAGUUUGUGUUCAAAUUAGGGGUGUAACGAUUCAUUUAUACGAUUCAGUUCAUACUGUAUCAUCGUUUGUGGUUGUCAGUACGAUUCUUCGUCCACUUUGUACGAUCUGAUUCAAUCCAGUUCACUGACCAGUGUGACUCAGAGAUAACAGUGUAGGUGAAGUUUUCCGGAUUCCUUGUAUUUCUUGAAAGAUAAUCAAGUGUAAAUUAAAUAUGUGCAAAGGAAAACAAACAAACAAAUCCAUAAAUCAUAUUUUAGUUGCAUAACGUUCAGCCCACUGUUCGAAUAUCCAUUGGACUUUAAUAAUGGAUUGAUCAUUUUUGGUGCAUCACAUGUGUGUUAUCCACUGUGACAGGACUCGGUCACUUUUACAUUAUGGUAAAAUAAAAGCAUUGUACCUCAAUCCGCAUGGUAUUUUUCAAUAUCAAUCAUCGAUUUAUCUUGUUUUGAAACUAUUUUUUUUAAUAGUAUAGGUUGAUUCGAUUAACAACUUGCCUUAGAUCGAUCUGGUUAGAUCAAGGAAUAGAAAUCAAUUUAUGAAUUAAGUCAGUUAAUCGCUACACCCCUAGUUUAAAUGUAGCUGCCGUCCAAAUAAAAAGUCAGUAUUAAGCCCCAGUUCUACCAAACUCUGAAUUGAAGCAGACUGAGAAGGAGAGCCUCAGAACCCACCUGACUAAGUGCAGGCAAAGAAACAAACUUUUUUUACAAUUAUAAUUUGAUCUUUUUUUACUCCACAACAGGUGUAUCUUGUAACAUGUAAUGCUGUUAAUGCAGAUGUUUUACAUUACACUGUUUUCAUUACCAACAUUAUAAUUAGUGUGACUAUAUCUUAUGUGACGUGAAGCUCAAAGUUUGUUGUCUCUUCAUGACACUGAUUGUUGUUUCUGGGAAGUUUUAGUGUUUUGUGUCAUAGCCGGUGGAGCUUCUGUAACUGACUAUAGUGAUUACUUUGUGACAUGAUCCUAUAUUUAAAAAUGUUUAGUGGAGUCCCUGAAGUUAACAUAUCUGCACACUGGAACAGCAGAAAGAAUGAGUAUUUUCACUUUUGUUCACUCUUGUUUAUCUCCUGUUUUUAUAUAUUGUUUUAUCAUGUUCGAAAUUUUAUCCAAUAAAAGUUUCAGUGUUAAACUCAGAAAAA